CUCAGCUUCUCAGCUCUGAGAUGAGAGCCACAGAGGCUUCCCUCCCUAUGCUCAAUGCCACAGACAGCCUGCAGGAGGGAGAAAUGGGUAAAAAACUGGAAGCGAAAUGUCACAGAGUUGUCUCCCCUGAGUCUCCUGCUAAGCUUUACUGCUGCUAUGGAGUGAUCACGGUCCUCACUGUAGCUGUAGCUGCUCUUUCUGCUGCUUUGUCAGUAAGAAAGACAGAACAGAUCUCAAUCAAAAAGAUCUAUACUCCUUGCCCCAGCAACUGGAUUGGAGUUGGAAAUAAAUGUUUUUAUUUUUCUGAAUACUCAAGUAACUGGACAUCCAGCCAGGACUUCUGCAUGGAACAAGAGGCCCAACUAGCUCGAAUUGACAACCAGGAGGAGCUGAAUUUUCUAAGGAGAUACAAGGGGAUUUUUGACCACUGGAUCGGCCUGCACAGAGAGUCGUCAGAGCACCCUUGGAAGUGGACAGACAACACUGAGUAUAACAACUUGGUUCCCAUCCAGGGAGUGGAAAACUACGUAUGCCUGAACAGUCACGAGUUCAAAAGUGCCAGGGUCUAUGUAAAUCGCAGGUGGAUCUGUAGCAAGCUCAACAGCUAUAGCCUCCACUGCUAAACUCCUUUUUCUCCUUCCUAACAUUUAACAAGAGAUGC